AUAUAAAACACAUAGUAGAAUCUUAGAAAUUCUAGUUAUAUUUCCAUCUAAACCUCACGGCCUCCACCCUCUCAAGCCUCUUUGCAAUCACCAAAAAGUUGCUGCCCAUCUGCUUGCGCCGUCGCCGUCGCCGUCGCCCUUUCUGCCAUCGCCGUCGCCCUUGCUGCAGUCGUCUCCUCCCUCGCAGCAGUCGGCUUCCCCCUUGCCGGUCGUCAGAAAAUUUGAAUAUCAUUGAAGUUUGUAAUGUACAGUCUUGGAGUUGUAUUCAGUGUUUUAUCAUCGAGGCUUUUGGAAAUGGUUGACCAUAAUUGAGAUGCAUCCAUGCACUGAUGGGAGAUAUUCCAUAGAACCGUAAAUAAGAAUCGGACAACUUAUCAAAUGAAUGAUAGGAGGUUAUGGUGUUAUAUGGAUCAUCUGACGGAUCAGAAGCCCUCAGAGAGAAACUAGAUCUGGAAGGACGGAACACAAAUUUUGCUUUUGUUGAUCAUUGUCAAAAUUUAAGUCACCUGCACACAUAGUAGAGUGGUUGAAUGGCUAUGGAUAUCAAUAUUAGUGAAAGCUCUUCUCCAUCUCGUCCUAAAUGGAGAAAAGUGGCAUACGGAGGGAUGCAACCUGGGUUCGAUGACAACCAUACUGAUGAUUCUUUUCUUGAAGAUAUGGUUAUGAAUGCUAGUGUUGUUAAACGUGACCUGCUGAAGGUGAUGCAAGACUCGGUUUCCAUUUCGCAGUAUCUGUGCAUUGUUGCACUUGUUGGCUUGGUUUGGACCUAUACCCUGCAAUCCGUCCUUAGUGAAACUUCCCUCUUUCUUCUCGACGCGAGCCUUCUUGGAUCAGGUUUCAUUGUUUUGCUUUUAACAAAAGAGAUGCUUUCAGUCAAUAUUCUCUUCCACUAUAUUCUCAAUGUCUCUUUUUUUACGACUGGGUUAUAUAUGUUGGCGCCACUUUAUCAGACUCUCACAAGGUCCAUAAGCUCAGAUUCUAUCUGGGCAGUAGCUGCUUCACUUAUCAUCCUUCACCUCUUCCUGCAUGACUAUUCAGGAUCCACAAUACGAGCAUCGGGGGCUCUGAAAAACCCAAAUCUAAUCAGCUGCGUCUCUCUAAAUGCCUCCAUUGUUGCCUCGGUUUUCAUUGCAUCUCGGCUUCCAUCAAGGCUGCAUGUUUUCGCCAUAAUGUUGUUUUCCUUGCAAGUCUUUCUAUUUGCUCCCUUUGUCACAUACUGCAUUAAGAAAUACUCCCUUUGCCUGCAUCUUUUGUUUUCGAUCGGAUUGAUGGCUGCUACACUGGCUUCAGUUUAUAUGUUGCAUAGGUUACUCUUCGUACUAUUUUUAUGUUUGUUGGUGUUUGUGAGUGUAGUGUGCCCAUAUUGGCUCAUUAAAAUACAGGAAUACAAGUUUGAGAUUCAUGGUCCUUGGGAUGAGGCUAAACUCUGUUUUGAUAUAACAGAUUGAGAUUUUGUAUGCUAUUAGAAAAUCAAUAGAACGUCAUUUUUCCUUUUA